GAUGAUAAUACUACGAAUGGAAUAUUGAGUACCUGCGAUAACUGUUCAAAUAAUUAGGAAAGAUAAAGGUAUAUUCAAUAUGGUGUUAAUGAAUACGCCAUAUUGCAGUUCGAUUGGUUUGAGAGCGCUGAAAAUAUUGUAUAUUGGUGACUGAUAAUUAUAUUAUGAAGUAGAAACAGUCAGUGUGCUCAGAUCAUUUCGCCAUGUCGGAUAAAGACAGUCAAACUAAUACAGAAGUUGAUUGGUUUCUUCAAACUAAGAAAAAAGAAGUUCGUCCAGUAGCUCCUUCUCCAGAAUCAGAAGUCUAUAAACGUCAUGAAAGAAGAGGAACCGCUAUUAUUUUCAACCACAAAAAUUUCACUAUGAAAGAGUGUUCAGUUAGGCAAGGAACUGACAAGGAUAGAGAUGACCUCACAAGACUUCUGGAUGAAUUGGAAUUUGAUGUUUUCGUACACAAUGAUCUGACUUUAAUACAGAUCAUAGAGGUUUUGGAAGCAGUAUCUAAAAUGGACCAUUCUAAUUCCGACUGUCUGGUGGUUGCGGUGAUGUCGCACGGAGAAAAUGGAAUUGUCUGUGCAAAAGAUUCAACUUAUAAAACGAACAUAUUGUGGAACCUUUUUUCGCCGGUACAUUGCCCUAGUUUGGCAGGAAAGCCGAAACUAUUUUUCAUUCAAGCAUGCCGAGGCAACCACACCGAUCCGGGAUUCGAAGUCAGUUAUGAAGAAACAGAUUCCGCACGUAAAGACAAUAUAUAUUCCAUACCGAUUAUGGCAGACAUCUUGGUCAUGUAUGCUACCGUUGAAGGCUACUUCGCUUGGAGGGAUCCUGAAACUGGCAGUUUUUUUAUACAGGCUCUUGUUCAUCAGCUGAGAAAUUUUCAUAAAACCAGGGACCUCCUGUCAAUUUUGACGUGCGUUAACAGACAGGUGGCUAUUGGUUUCACUUCAAAUGAACGUGGCGUCCCUGAACUGGACAAGAAAAAAGAAAUGUGUUCCAUAGUGUCAAUGCUGACGAGGUUAUUUUAUUUAGAUUGAAUAAUACGCGAUACGCCAUAAAUUACUACAGUUAAUAUUGUUGCACUUUAUUUACAUUAUCAUGAUGAUUUAUGUUAGUUAAAUUUUUGCUUCACAGGUUUCUGUAUGAGCUGUACAAUGAUGUAUUGAUUAUUUUCACCAUGUCUUACCAGUAAUCAUAUUUUAAAUAGUAAUAAUAAUAAUAUAAUAAUAAUUUAG